UCAAAUACUUUAUAACUAUCAAGUGCACAUUAACCUGUAAAUAAAUUUUCUGUACAUAGUUUCUUUUCAAAAGUGACUAAUAAUGAGUUUUCCACCACACGGGCCUCCAUACCAUCUCAGCGGAGAUGACAAGUCAAACCCACCUCCAUAUGGCUACCCAGCGUACCCAGGAUACCCGGCUUACGGCUACCCACCAGUACCAGGGCAUCAUCAGCCUCCAGGACAUUACCCUCCGCCGAUGUACCUACCUAUGAUGAUGCCAGUACCCAUACACUACCCGCAACCGGAUUCUACGGGCAAUCCUACUUACGUCACCAACUACAUAUACCACGGGGAGACGCACGCUGGACCAGAUUCCCCAGCAGUAGCAGACCAGGUGCAAGUGGCAGAAUGUUCUGGAGACCUGGACUGGGUGCCAACGACCUCAACUCUAGCUGGGUCGUUGACUGGCAGAGCGGUGGUGGCGGGCCACGAAGGCUGGGAUGGAAGCCCGCUAUGGGUGAUGAGGGCAAGGCAUUGCGGUCAACUGAUUCCUGGGAAGCUAAAUGUCAGACAUAAUUCCGCUACAAUCACUCAUAAUGGCAGAGAAGUCCCAGUUCAGAAUAUCGAGGUUUUGUGCUCCAAGGGUUUGCGAUGGGUGCCAGCUACAAAUGGAAACGUCCCUCCGUUCGCGAUACCAGGAGGGCAUACGUCGACAGGAGAGCAGUUGUUUAUUGGUAGAGCGAGAUACCAGCUGUCGUUGACCCCUGGGAAGGUGCAGGCCAGUAGAAAUGGGUGUCUCAUACCGUUUGGUGGGAGUGAAGUGGUGACAACGAUGUACGAUGUUCUAUGUAGAGCUAGUUGAACGUUUUAGGCUAGUUAUGGGUUUGGUCUCGAAAGAAUUAAGGUCACUGUGAUGUAACUGGAGAAUGUAAUCGUGUAUUUAUUAGUUUUAAGAUUAAUAAAGUUCUCGAAGGUUUGAUGUUAGAUCUAUGAACGUGACUUAGUAGUAAACUAAUAAACUGUGUUGAAAUCGA